CCACUGCAUUGGUUAAUUGCUUUGCUUGGCCAAGACGCUGAGACAGAGCUCUCUCUCUCUCAUCACUUUUGAGCUAGCUGUGACAAUGCCUCCGGAGAAACGCAAGCCUGAGGAGGAACCGGAACCGGCUAAGAGCCCCGCGGUGUCCACUCAUCAUGAGGUGACUCAACCUGCUUCCGCUCCGCCUCCGUCGACGACUCAGGCAACUUCGAGCGAAGUAGCUACCGGUUCGCCGGCGAAGUCGGGCCCCUACAAGCGGCGUGAGAUUCCGGCGAGGAAGAGAACCAAACGAGGUGAUGGAAAGAAGACGGAAUUUGAACAAGGCGAAGAGCUCGAGUCCGGAGAUGGUGAGGAAGCCAAGACGUCCAACGUCCAAGGCACCAAAGCGGGAGCUGAAAAUAAGAAUUCCGGUGGUGACGAGGCUAAGAGAUCGAGGAAGAGUACUCAGCACCGUUCGUUGGUGACAAGGGAGAAUCAGGUAAAAGCUGGCACUGAAGAGGAUAGACACCCUGUUAAGCAGGAGGCACUUAAGGAUUCUCCUAAUCAUGAUUCUCAAUCACCUGAAGUCACAUCAAAAGCUGUAUCCGGUGGUGAUGAUGUUAAUGAUAGUCUGAAGAGUCUGACAAAGAGAUUAUCAGCUGCUCUUGUGAAUGUUAGUGGCAAAGAAGACUUCGUGAAUCAGCAUUCCAAAGUUGCUGAAGAAGCUGUUGCAGGAUGGGAAAAGGCUGAAAAUGAGGUGGCUAGCUUAAAGCUACAACUUGAAGUUGCAGUUAAGCAAAACUCAGCUCUGGAAGAUCGUGUAAGUCAUCUUGAUGGAGCCCUCAAGGAAUGUGUUAGGCAGCUUAGACAAUUGAAGGGUGAUAUUGCAAAUGCGAAGGAUGGUUUGUCGCAAAAGGAAAAUGAGCUUUUGGAAGCCGGGCAGAUCAUAAAUGAACUACAGAAUGAGAAACCAGAGCUGUAUAUACUGGUGGAGGAUUUGACUGGUAAAAGUGAUGAUGCGAAGGUGGUGCUGGAAGAUCAAGAGAAGCAAAUUUUCAAACUACAUGAAGACAAUGACCAUCAUAGUAAAGAGAUUGGCUGCCUCCGUGAAGUGAAUCAGAAGAUGGAGGCGGAACUGUCAAAAUUGCAUGAAGAAGCUGAAAAGUCCAAACUUGAGGAGGAAAGGUUUAUCAGUGAACUAAAAAGGGGAAGAGAAGAGAUUGAAAUGUGGGUGACUCAGGCUGCCACCCUCUUUGGAGAACUGCAGAUCUCCUCCAUUCGUGAAACAUUGUUUGAAGGAAAGCUUCGUGAGCUCAUUGAAACCUGUCACAUCCAUGAAGACAAAAGCAUUUCGAAAAGUCUGGACAUUGAAAUGAUGAAAGAAAGAGUCAGUACAAUGGAACGUGAAAAUGGAGAGCUACAAGCUCAGUUGGCUGCCUAUAUUCCAGCUGUCAUCCCUCUGGAGGAGUGUACAACAUCCCUUGAGAAUCAUUCACUUAUUAAAACCAGAUCACUCGACACGAAAGACUCAGAGGAUGUCGAGGCUGGUGAAGAGGAUGUAGAGGAUGAUGAAGAGGAUGAGGAGGAUGUAGAGGAGGAUGUAGAGGAUGAAGAGGAUGUAAAAGAUGAAUACCGCGCUGUGUUUUGCGUUGUCGAGCAUGAUGAAGAGGAUGAAGAGGAUGAAGAGGAUGAUGAAGAGGAUGAGGAGGAUGCAGAGGAUGAAGGCCGCUUGUUUAUGGUUUAUUAUGGAGGGGCAAGAGGGCCUGUUAUACAAUUUGAGAGACAUCAUAUUGCCGGAGCAAUCAAUUUGGAUGAUUAUAGCGAAAUAAACGAGGUCGAUCAGGCAGUUUGGCAGAUCAUCUUCACCUUUUUCGGUUCCUAUGAAGGAUUGUUCUUCUGGUAUAUACGUCUCACUGAGUAUGACAAUUUGGAGUACCUCUCUCGAGAUGCUUGGCUUUGGCCGUGGGAUCGUUUCUACAGAGAAGCAGAUGGGGUCGUGGUGACUCGCCAAGAUCCUGAGCCUCACUUACACCCUGCAUUAGGUGAUAUCGUCGCUUAAAAGAAUAUGAUGACAUCCUUUAACUAGACCAAUUAUCCUUCAAGGCCAAGUAGUUUAUGGUAGCCCAUCAGUAGUUAUCUUGUUAGGCCCAGUCCAUUUUUUUUGUGGUCCAGUGAGUAGUCUGUGACACACGGGUAGUGUUAAGGACACCCUCUCACCGUAGUCUCUACUGGUGGCCGUUGAGGCUUAUCGAUUUUUUUUUUGGUUGCACUGCUUGCAUUGAGGCUUAUCGUUAUCGAUGAAAU